AUGCGCGCCUCAAAGAGAAUCGCGCUUGCCACUGCGCUGGCAUCGGCCCUGGCUCCAGUGUUUGGGUCUGCGAGCUCUAGUUGCGUUGCUCCCACAGGAGAUCCUGUCACUAUCCAGGCCUAUGUCAUAGUCGAGCAUCUCCCAGUCCAUGUCAGCAGAGGCAUCUGUUCCAACACGACAUUGAAUAUUGCCGGUAGUGUGUUGUCCAUCACCAACGCUCCGACCUUUCUCGUGUCGGACUUUGUGGUCACGAGUACCAUCACUCAUACGUCUACUGUAAACACUGCCUCGACAUUUGGUGGUCCUUGCACUACGCUGACCGCACAUGGCACUCCUGAUUCUGAGCCUACCACCAUCGUCAUCCCCCCCAAUGACGGCGAUGGGGUUGGAACAAAGAUCAUUUGCAAUCCUGCGAUCACAGAUAGAACUGCCUUUUCCGGCCCCUACACGACCAUCACAGCAGCUCAGUGGUCUGGCCCGGGCACAAAGACUCUGACACUGACUCCGGCCGGCCGAGACCCGACAGGCACUCUCAUUGUUUUCACCCCCCAAUCAUCUGGGCAAGUCGGUGCUCAGAGUAUCUUCACAGGACCCUACACCACCCUUGCCGAGCCUUGGACGGGAAGCACCCCUACAACUCUGACCCUUCCACCUCAAGGAACCGAUCAAGCGGGGAAUCAGAUCGUUUUUAGCCCUACCGCUGCGCCCGCUCUCUUAACCGGGCCUUACACAACAAUCACUGGCACCUGGACUGGGAUUCAGCCAACAAUCUUGUCCCUGCCGCCUUGGGGAAGCGGCAAGACUGGCACUGCCGUUGUUUUCAUCCCGGCAUCUACACAUGCAGGCUUGAACUCCUUCACUGGACCUUACACAACCGUCACUGGUCCCUGGGCAGGUACAGUUCCAACAACCGUUGUUCUCCCACCUCAAGGGACCGAUCAGGUUGGAACUCAGAUUGUGUUGACGCCUAUCGCUUCCCCGACUCCCAGCUCCCUCACCGGAACAUACACAACCAUCAUUGGCCCUUGGACUGAAGCAGCACAAACUAAUGUUGUCCUUCCAUCUCAAGAGACUGAUCAAGUAGGGACUCAUAUCGCGUUGACGCCUACUUCUACUGCAACCACCUCCGUCACCGGGCCCUACACAACUCUGACCGGGACCUGGACCGGCACUAGUCCUAUCACAGUAACCCUCGCCCCGUCUGGAACCGAUGCCACAGGAACUGAAAUCGUGCUUGUUCCUACCACGACCGAUGCGACUUUCACGGGUCCUUACACCACUAUCAGCGGGCCUUGUACCGGCACUAUCCCCUCCUCGCUGUCCAUUGCCCCUACUGGUACCGGUACUGUUGGUACUGUUAUCAUCUUCACCCCGGCUGACCCUUCGACUUCUGCAAGUGUCAGCUCUGAGAACUCAAGCAGUAUUUCGUCGACGCCCUCGGACACCUCAUUCGAUUCUACCAGCAUAACAUCGUCUGACAUAGCCACGAGUCUGACUACUUCGUCUUACUCCACGUCCAGCUCUUUGUCCGACUCUUCCACGAGUUCCAGCGACUUGUUCACAUCUGCCAGUCCUUCUUCUGUCAUCGAGACUACAACUUCUGCCGAUUCGAGUAGCUCAUCGCAAGGUUCUACCAGCGCUGUGUCAAGCUCUCCAGACUCCAUUGUCAGCUCUUCUCUAUCUUCUGAAUUGUCAAGCUCGAGCUCUGCCGAUCCUUCCAAUUCCUCCUCGUCGACCGAAUCUACUACAUCUUCAUCUUCCAGUAUCACGAGCUCUGGAUCUUCCAGCGCGCCUCCGUCUUCAUCCAGUUCGUCAUCUGGGUCCUCUUCUAGCUUAACUUUGUCUUCGUCCAACUCGUUAUCUGAGUCUUCUUCCAGUACGCUUAUGGGAACUCCCACAACCACAACCUCGCAGAGCUCGACCCUUUCCGCAUGCAUUGUUACCGCGACAGGGACUUCAGAGUACUGCAAUAUUGCCCUGCCCGGAAGUUGCGCCUCGCUAUCCACCACCAGCGGUCUGGCUCUCGUGCCGGUCCUGGCAUCUUGCACCGCGGCCCUUGGCCCAUACGCAGCGGGCAACGUUGCGACGUGUCUCGCGAACAACGUGACCCUCACCACAGCAGGCUCAGACAUUGCAACCUGCAUUCUCACCGCUCUUCAAGGGCGCUGCAUUUCUAGCCUGCCGCAGGCAUGUAUCGACCUUGAACAGUCCAAUGGCCUCGCUCUCGUCGCAGACGUCGCUCAAUGCACCAUUGCUCUGGGCCCUUUCGCCGCUGGUAGUGCCACAACCUGUCUCGCGACAGGAACCAUUACGGCAACCACCACGGGCACGAGUAUCAUCCAGUGUCUCGAGAUUGCUUUUGGUCUCCAAUCUGGCGUGGUCACGAUUACCAACUCCGCCUUCUGCCCGACUGCUACAGCAACUCCUACGCCUUCGGUCUGCGCUACGGUUCCGGCGCCCUGCCAGAACCUCGCUUCAGUGAACGGCCUUGCUCUCAUUGCGGCAAUCCCGGUGUGUACGGCAGCCCUUGGUGUCUUUGGUGUCGGCAACGCCGCGACCUGUCUCGCUACCAACGUCAUCGGCCCUCUUAGUGUUGGACAGGACAUUGUGACAUGCCUGACGACUGCUCUCAGUGCAACUUGCAUCUCGACUCUGCCUGCGCCUUGUCUUAACCUGGCAGGUAAUACUGCAGCGCAGUUGGUUGUAAACUUGCCGCUAUGUACAGCUGCCCUCGGUCCAUUCGCUGUUGGGACUGCGCUCACUUGUUUAUCCUCGGGCGCUACCAACGGAGACUCCGUCAUUGCCUGCCUCAAUACUGCUUUGUUACAGACAGCCUAG